UGGAGUAGAAAAGAAGGAAAACCUGCAUGUGCAUCCAUCCCUGCAAAACUGAAUAUGUCUGAUAUAACACCCUCAAGGUUUUUUGAUCAAAAAUACAUUUCAAAAAGAAGCUUCAGGAAAAACGUCAUAAGCAAAAGACAUUAUGUCCCUCAAGUGUCCUCUGUGGAUGUAGGUGACAGUGGCAUUUGCACAAUCGAUAGUGAUUCUGACUCAUCUUAUAAUGAUGGUGCCAACUCCCUCUCAGGGAAUGUCAACAUUGAAAUGAUCUAUUUAAACCCCCAGACUCCUACUUGGACUCUUGCAGAGAGGUUUGCUGAACUUGCAUCUGGAGAAAAGGGACUUUGUUCAGAAGCUUUCUGUGGUCCGGGUUCCCCUGCACCUGAAAGAAACGGUGUCAGUAGAAGAAAGGGAUGUGAUGGUGACACGGUACGCGAGAAAAUCGCCCGCUGCAUUUCGAAUAAAAGUCACGACCAAAGCAAAUAUGGUUGCACCCAUCCAAAACUGCCAAAGGGGACAACGUUCAAGGCAGAACAUCCAGAGGCACCCUUAGGUGUUUGUGGUGACAGGGAGGUAGAGAAAGGCAGAGCAAAUCUCCCUCUCAAAGAUGCAACUAUGUUUGACGCCUGCGAGGAUGGCAAGGUGCCGCUGGUUUUUGCGGCGAUGAAAAAACGGGGGGUGGAAGGGGACUCGGAGAACCGCCCCUACAAGUGCACACACUGCAACUGGGCCUUCAAGAAGUCGAGCAACCUCCAGAGUCACCUGGACACGCACAGUGGCCUCAAGCCUAACGUUUGCGAGCUGUGUGGCAAGGCCUACUCUCACCAAGGCACCUUGCAGCAGCACAAGCGCCUGCACACGGGCGAGAGGCCGUACCACUGUCCCUUCUGCGUCAAAACCUACAUCUGGUCCUCGGACUACCGCAAGCACAUCCGCACGCACACCGGCGAGAAGCCGUACGUCUGUGACACCUGCGGCAAGGAUUUCGUGCGCUCCUCGGACCUGCGCAAGCACGAGCGCAACAUGCACACCAACGACAAGCCGUUCCCGUGCGCCGAGUGCGGCAAGACCUUCAACAAGCCGCUCUCUCUGCUGCGCCACGAGCGCACCCACCUGGGCGAGAGGCCUUUCUGCUGUCCCGACUGCGGCAAGGCGUUCGCCGUGGCAAGCCGCAUGGCGGAGCACCAAAAGGUGCACACCGGACUGAGGCCGUACACCUGCGCGGUGUGCGCCAAGUCCUUCACCAAAUCCUCCAACCUCCUGGAGCACAAGGCGGUUCACAGCGGCGUGCGGCCCUACAAGUGUUCGGAGUGCGGGGUGGCCUUCGCUAUGGCGUCGCGCCUGGUGCGUCACCAGCGCGUCCACACCGGAGAAAAGCCCUUCGUCUGCACGGGCUGCAGCAUGAGCUUCAGUCGCACGGCCGCCCUCAAACGCCACCAGGAGCAAGCGUGCGCCGGAAGGAUCUUUGUCUGUGUGGAGUGCGACAAGUCUUUCCAGUGUGCCUCGCAGCUCACGCAGCAUAUGCAAAGCCACAAGUCCAAGAAUGCCUGAUUUGAUUGGAGUGCUCGUCAAGACCAUUGUUACACCUUACUUUCUGCAAAGCCCAUUGUUAAAACAAUGUGUUCCUUUAGGAUCAGUCGGUAAUACAGAUAUUAUGUAUAACCGCAAAUAUUUGUGAGGUUUGACUGUUGCUGUUGUUGUUGUGUUUUUUGUCCAAUCGAAACACAACACUAGAAUAACAGAUUGAUCAUAAUUGCGUAGAGCUUAUGCACAAAGAGUGCACAUUUAAAAAGUAUGGUUUGGUUUUAUUUUCUUUAUCAACAAGAGCUUUGAAAUUCACUAA